UUACCCCUGGGAAUAUGUGCUGUAUGAUUAUAGCUAAUCCAUGCUUAUUCAAAUGGUGCGGGGGUUGAUUUCUCCUCCUCCUUGCUUGUCUCCCCAUUCAUAUAACCCAGGCUGUCUCCAGCUAUCCCAUUGGACUUGCUGGCCCUGAGCACGUGAAGGUGCAGCGAGUCGUGGAGAAUGAGCAUGUUCUUCUCCGAGGCAGCGUGGCUCUGCCUGGCUGUCACUGCAGCCCUGGGGAGCAUAGCUCUCUGCAAACACAAGAGCCCUGGGCAGCUGGGGAGCCCAGUGCUCUGGCUUGCUGGCCUCUGGGGAGGGGCUUACCUGCUCAUCCUGCCCUUGUUCUGGAGCUUGGUUCUCUUCUCCCUGUCGUGUUGCUUCAUGUGUAUGCACUCAGCUGGUGAGGAGUUGUUACCUGUGGAUCAAAAGGCAGUCCUGGUGACAGGUUGUGACUCUGGAUUUGGCCAUGCAUUGGUUCAGAAGCUGGACAAGCUGGGCUUCACAGUAUUCGCUGGAGUUUUAAAUGAAAAGGGCUCAGGGGCUGAAGAAUUGCGAAGAAACUGCUCCAAGCGUGUCACUGUGCUCCAGAUGGACAUCACUGACCCAGAGCAGAUAAAAGAUGCUCACAGCAAAGUUGUAGAGAAGGUGCAGGACAAAGGACUGUGGGCUCUGGUCAACAAUGCCGGCAUCCUCGGGUUCCCGAUAGAUGCGGAACUCAUUCCCAUGAUGAAUUACAAAAGAUGCAUGGAGGUGAACUUCUUCGGACCCGUAGGAGUCACGAAGGCAUUUUUACCUCUCCUUAGGAAAGCCAAGGGGAGGCUGGUGAAUAUCAGCAGCAUGGGAGGAGGGAUCCCAAUGCCAAAGAUGGCAGCUUACAGCUCUGCGAAGGCAGCCCUGACUAUGUUUUCAUCAAUUGUAAGACAAGAGCUUUCCAAAUGGGGAGUAAAAGUCUCUGUGAUCCAACCUGGAGGCUUCAGAACUGGUAUUGCAGGCACGAGUGACAUAUGGGACAGGGAAGAGAAGAAUAUCCUGGACCACCUGCUCCAAGAGCAGCUGAGGGACUACGGCCAGGACUACAUUCUCCAUCAGACAAAGUUUAACAAAUCCAUAGGUGGUGUUUGCAACCCGGACCUCAGCCCGGUGCUCCAGGACAUCCAGCACGCCAUCUCUGCGCAGAACCCCGCUCCCUUCUACUCGCCAGGGAAAAUGGUUUCUCUGUGGCUCCACUUCGCCACCAUUUGCCCUACCUCUUUACUUGAUUAUCUUGUUAAAAAAGUAUUAGUCUUGGAUGUGUUUAAGCCCAGAGCUCUACACGUGCCUAACUAGAAGCCCACAGUGUCACAGUCUUUCCAGAAGGACUGUGCCUGGUGGUGGCUGCUGCUGGCUCCCCAGGGAAGUGGCUGCUGAAGUUUGACUGUGGCAAUCUCUCUUUGUCUCUGUCUCUCUCUGUCUCUCUGUCUCUGUCUCUGUCUCUGUCUCUGUCUCUGUCUUUUUCUCUCUGAGACAGGUCUUACUAUAUAAUUCAAGCUGGCCUUGAACUCACUGCGUAGCUCAGGCUGGCCUCAAACUCGGGGUCAUCUUUCUGGCUCAGCCUCUGGUGUGCUGGGACGACGGGCCCGCGCCAUCAUGCCCACUAUGCAAUUUCCUAAAAUAAGACAGCAAUGAAGUUUGCUCUAUCGAUUAAUUCCUCAUUUUAUGAAAGGUUUUUCUGCAGCAUACAAUGCUGAAUGGAACCAUUUUACCUACAAUAGAUCUUCUUUCCACAUUGGGGUAUCCUGGCAAGCCUCACCCCUGCGAUCAGCCACUAAAUGGACUUCAUAGCCUAAAUCCUUUCUGGUCAUCUCAACAGAACGUGCAGCACCUUCACCAGGAACAGAGUCCAUCACAAGAAAGCAUUUUCUUUCCUCAUUGGAGAGAAGCAGCGCAUCGCCAUUCAAGUUUGGUUGGGAGGGUGCAGUGACUCUUGGGGUGAGGUGGGGAGGACUGGGGAGCGGAGCGUCACGGGGAUGGGCAGUUGACAGUGAGUGGGUGCCCCAGAAUGACUGGCCCAGAUCACUGAUCACCAGAACAGAUGUAAUAAUGAAAAGAGUUGAAAAUAAUCUCAGAUAUUACCAAAAUGUGACAGAAAUGCACAGCGCACACGCGCUCACAGACUUGACCAGUGCCUGGCUGUCUCAAAACCUCAGUCUGUAAAAAGGUCGAUGUCAUGUAAAGCAAACCACGAUGAAGAGAGGUAUCCCUGCCUCUUCUCGUUCUUCUUUUUUCUUUUUUUGUCUUUUUCCUUUUUUAUCGGUACUGGGGAUCGAACUCACGACUGCCUGUUUGCAAGGCAGGCGCUUAUGCCGCUGAGCUAAAUCCCCAGCCCCUCUCAUUCUUGUUUUAUAAACGAGGCAGGGCAUCUUUAGCAAAAACAACAGCUUUGCUGGGAUUCUUCACAUACCACAAAACCCACCUUCUACAGUCUGUAAUUCUGUGGGUGUUUGAAGAUUCAGUUUGCAAUCCAGUGCUACUAACUUGAGAACGUCUUAUGUUUUAAAGAAACCCUGCACCUGUUAGCACCUCUACUCCCACGUCCAGUCCCUGGCACUUCCUCCUCUACUUUCUGUCUACGAAUUUGCUCAUCCUACAGAUUUCAUAUUAAUAAAACGAUAUGUCACGA